AACGCGAGAAUGGAGUCCUGGACCCCGCAAGCCUAGCCAACAUUCGGGAACGCAUCGGUCUUGAUCAUGAUUCGAAACAGUUUCCCUUCCCUGUUAUCUUCUCCUGGGGUUGGGCUGACCCGCCGACUAUUUCUGAACAUGGGCUGGCCAAGUCCUGCAAUGGUGCACGAAUGAAGAGCAUGAGGGGAAGGUGGAUGAGGGGUAUCGCACCACUGGGUCCAAUACUAGAGCUAGAAACAUUUAUACUUGGUGCCACUUUCCUUCCCAUCGUCAACCCUAACGAACCCCCCGAUGAAAGCUCGGCUGCAGGCACUAAUUUCAGCAGUCUCAUUCUUCACUUUUCCGUCCAUCCGAACCUAAUGUCCAUGUUGAUGCUCAGAACAUUCGCGCAUCAAGCCAAACAUUUACUCGAGGCGAUACUGAAGAAUCCAGAAGGGGAGUGUACUAUUGAGUUUGUAAGUGAAUCUUUGUCUGGGGCUUUCGAUUCUCCCAAUGAGGCAGAAAGUGAGAGCAUGGAAAGUUUAGAUGGGAUGAUUGAAUUAGACAAGUCAUCGAUAUCUGUUGCAUCAUCGGUUUCCGAAGCCGCCGGGACGGAAUCCUCCGAAGACUCCCUCUCUUUACUUUCAUCCUACACCCAUCCCUUAUACGAAGCUGAACUUGCAAGAGCUCAGCACCCUCUCAAAUGGCUUACCUUAAUGGCGCACGAUCAUCCUGAUCGUGUAGCGCAUGAAAUCUACACGGCUGAUGAUCUUCGCGCUCACGAGGAAGACGAUGGUGAACAUGAGGAACAGGGGAGCUUAAAACCGAGUGUUAUGUUGACGUAUGGGGAGUUGAAUCGGAGGGCAAAUGCUGUUGCGAAGUGGUUAUUGUCAGGCUCGAUUUCGAAGAGUAAGGAGAAGCAAGGAGAAAGGGGGAAUGUAAAGGUGAAGAGAGAGAAGAUCUGUGUGUGUAUGGAAAGGGAUGCGGCGUUUUAUGUGAUCAUGGCUGCGAUCUGGAAAGCUGGUGGGAUUUAUUGCUCCAUUGAUCCAACGUUACCCGUCGAGAGGAAGAGGUACAUUGUGAAGGACAGUGGCUCGAAGUUGGUUUUCGUUCAUACUCCUGAGGAGAGGGAGGCUCUACUUUCCGAGUUUGAGGAUGAGGAUGAAGCUCCCAUAGUUUCCAUAUUAGAGGAUGAAUACGACUUGGAGCGAUGCGAGCCUGUUUUCGAAUUAAGCCUUCGCUGGGGAAGCGUUGAAGAGAUGGACGUCGAAGAAUCAGGUUUGGAUGAUGUCUCGUACCUUCUGUACACUUCUGGCACGACCGGGAAGCCUAAGGGCUGUUUGUUGACAUAUCGGGGUGUUUACCAUGCGAUCACGGGCUUGGCUGAUCUUCCCCGUCCCAUUACUAACCCGGAAACGGACAAAAGACUCGCGAUGGCGUCUAUUGCAUUUGAUGUACACAUUUCCGAAAUCGUCAUUUCAUGGGCCCUUGGUAUCCGGCUCGUUUCUGCGCCUUCCGCGAGGUUUGAAUUGUUGAGUGAUCUUAGGAGGAAUAUCUGGAGAUUGGGUGUGACGCAUUUGGGUAUGGUACCCAGUAUGAUCGAGGCUACGUUUCAAGCUGGUAACUCACGGGGAGGAGCGGAGGAAGGGAAGAAGGUUGGGCUGAAGUACCUUGCGAGUGGAGGGGAGAAGAUUAGCGAUUCGUUGAUGGAGAGAUGGUCGGAUCAUCCCAGUUUGAUUUUGGCAAAUGCUUACGGACCAACUGAGGCGACGAUUGGGUGCACCCUUCGUCGUGUGCACAAAAAUGAUCGCAAAGAGAAUCUUGGGUGGCCGAUGAAGUCUUGUAGAACCUUCGUCGUCCAUCCAUCUUCGGGUUCUGAGAGUCCAUUUAUGGUGGUUCCAAGAGGUGUACCGGGGGAAUUGGUGCUGGCUGGACCAUUGGUCGGCGUCGGGUAUCAUAAUAACAAGGAAGCGACGAGGAAGGCAUUUAUUGAGUGGCCAGAAAAGGGUGCCAUGGCUUAUCGGACUGGAGAUCUUGUUCGUAUGAUGCCUGACGGCGCAUUGGAGAUCCUUGGUCGUGUUGAUUCUCAGAUCAAGCUUCGUGGUGUACGCAUCGAAGCCGAAGGAAUUUCUAAUGUUCUCAGAGAAGCAGCCGCAGCCGCCUCUGAUGAUCCUAGGAUGGGUUACGUCACUGUUACUAUCAUCGCUACCCACCUUGGUUUUGGAGGGGGUGGCAAUGAGCAACUUGUCACCUUCAUUGCUCGUGGUGGCGAUAAGAAGCGUCAGAUGCAGCGGAGGAAGAGUGGAGUUCUUCCUGACGUUCUUCCACUUUCACAAGACUCUGUUGUAUCGUCUUCUUCAUUUCCUCUGGAAAUCAUGGCGAAAAUCAAAGAGGCGUCGUCAAAAGAGCUCGCUAGUUAUAUGCGCCCUUCUCAUAUCAUCCCUAUUGCGUAUAUUCCCCUUAAUCCCAGUGGCAAGACCGAUGGGAAACUCCUACGUUCUCUUUUCUCAUCGACGGACGUCUCUACUUUGCUGAGGUUCCAGCGCGGGGAGGAGGGUAUGCGCAUCAUUUCCGAUGGUACGAAUGGGGAUGAAGGAGAUGGAGAUGAGGAUGCCGAAGAGCGUUUCAAGAGCCAAACAUACGGAGAUCUUUCUAACAUAUUGAGAGAGAUUUUGCCUGCCCAGAGUGUAACAUUGAAAUCCAAUCUCUUCGAAGCGGGUCUUGAUUCUUUUGGGUUCGGAGCACUUUCUCGACUCAUAAAGAAGAAGCUACUUCCACCUGGGUGCAAACCUAUCCGUGUAGCCGAACUCAUGUCCUUUUCUGAUCUACGUCAGCUCGUUUCUGCUAUCGACGAGACCCGGCGAGCACCGUCGAAGUCUCCCAGCGCCGCCAACCCACAACCCAACCCUUAUUCGAAUGAGCCGGAAGGCGAAAAAGAAUCAUUGAUUACCGCUUUCGAUGAGAAAUGGAGAGCAAGUGCAGAAGGGAUCUUCAAUCCAGGGGAUAUUGAAUGUGUUUUGCCUCCUUUACCUGUUCAGGAAGGCGUCUUGUUUCGGACACUACAGCAGCCCGGACACUAUGUUCAGCAUUUUAGCUAUCGUUGCAGUGACGUUAUCGAUAUAAGACGCGUGGAGGACGCGUGGAAACGUUUAGUGGAGCAGACCCAGAUAUUGAGGUCUUGCUUUGUUGUUGGGGAUACAUUGUUGCAAGUCGUUCUUACGCCGCAAGCAGCUACUCUACCCUUCAGCGAACAUGAGGUUUCUUCUAUGACUGUUGACGAGUUCAUCGAGUGGUUCCGCGUCAACGCUGCUCAGAAAAUUGCGGAAGAUAUUACGGACGACGUGACGGUCCCACUGUUCCGCGUCAACCUGUAUACCUCCGAGGAAGCCAAAUAUAUGGUCCUCUCUAUUAAUCAUGUGGCGUACGAUGGUAUCUCGAUCCCUGUGAUGCUUCGUAACCUUGCAUGCCAUUAUGAAGGACUUCAAGUCGAGCAUCCUUCUCCAACCCUUCAGUCAGUUCUUGAAGAGUUACCUUUUUUAGACUCGGAUGGGGCGCGGAGAUUCUGGACGUCUCAACUAGACAGUAUCAAGGCCCAUUAUCAUGCACGACAUCUUAGCCCGCCGAAACCUCCGAUGAGAGAACACUUGUUAUCCGAUUUGUCUUACAGUAAUAUUACUCAGCGUUGUCGCUCCCUCGGGAUUUCCUUCCAGGCCCUCUGCACUGCAGCGUAUGGGAUAGUUCAUCGCAAUACUUUUCACCUUGGGGAGGACCAAUCGCUGUUUGGUGUUGUUCGAUCUGGAAGAUCUUUAGCUGUCGACAAUAUUAACUUCGCGAUUUGUCCUCUUGUGUGUGUGGUACCGACCCUGGUAGAUUUUGGGGUUACAGAUACAACGCAGCUACUUCGGAACGUGCAAAGGUUUAUAUCUGAAACCACAUCAUAUGAACACAUGUCUGUCGGGAGAAUUAGAAGAUGGAUCGGUGGUUCAUCGUUACCCAUAGAUUCACUCUUCUCGUGCAGGUUCAAGUUCAGGAGCGAACCGGUGUGCAGUGACGCGUUUCAACACAUCAAUACUGAACAUCCCCUGGCGGAGUUUAUACUCUCCAUCGAGAUAUUGGUAGAUGCAGACGCUGACACGCUUGAUAUUCGAGCCGCCUUUACGGAGCCAGAGCUAAGUUUGGAGGGCGUGCGAACCUUCUUACAAGCCUUGGAGAAGACAGUUGAGGAUUUGAUAUCGAGUCCUCCUCCUGGGAUCGUGGAGCUCGUGCCUUCUGGCCAUGGGAGCCUUGCGCCUACUCCAGCAUCCGAACCGGAGGGAUCGUCAGCAGAGCACGCGAUCCCUAGCGCAGAGUUGGAGGAAACUGUUGCUGGGCAUGUCUGCCAACUGCUGAGGGUACAGAAAAAGAUUGUUAGACCGACGACUUCCUUGAUUUCGAUCGGUUUGGAUUCUUUGCGCUCCGUUGCACUGUCACGCAUGCUCAGCGAGGAUGGAAUUGACGUAAGCGCAGUCGACAUCGUUCAAGCUGAUUCCAUACGGAAGCUCCUCCAACGCCAGUCACUCGCCAAGCGCAGCCAUGAACCGUCACUUGAAUCUUUUGCGGAGAUCCGCCGUAUCCGACAGGAACUCGAAAAUGCGCUCAAAGAUCAAGACCUCAAACUUUCUCCAGAAGAUGAGACUCUAAUUAUACCUGCUACUUCUUUGCAGGCUGGAAUGUUGUCACAGACAUUGGCUUCCAAGGGAGAGCUCUACGUGCACGGAUUUACAUUCCGACUGGACUCCUGUGAGAUUGACGCCGUCCGCAAAUCAUGGACACGUGCAAUACGCCGAUUCGACAUCCUGCGAACCUCGUUUCAUUUUGCGCCAGUAUCCGGCCGAUGGGCUCAGGUAAUUCAUACAGACGCUGAUGUGAGGUGGUCCACCAAACACUAUAGCGACAGUGCAAACUUUGUCGAGGACCUCACGCGUUCUUUGUCAUUCAAGGAUCCCAUAGACUUUUCUCGGAGCCCGUUGCAUCUUCGCCUCGCAGUCCUACACGAAGAGAACUAUUUAGUGGUAGUCCUUCAUCAUGUGCUGUAUGAUGCUGUGUCACUCCCAAAGCUCUUUUCUUUUGUGAGACAGGACCUUAUGGGAGCAAGCACUUCCGCAAUCCCUCCUCAACUGCAGGAUAUAAUUGACGAUGUCCUAGUUCAAGAAACAGAUGGCGCUAAUUUUUGGGCAGACAGCUUGAAAGGAUUCCAUCCGCCUCACAUCUCGAGAGAUAGAUCAGUUUCUUCAGACGCAUGGCGAUCCUCCCUGACUUUAGACCUGGACUCGGCAGUCAUCGAUCGAACUUGCCGAAGAUAUCAAAUUUCAUCUCAGAGCAUUAUGCAGUUAGCAUGGGCAAAAGUAUUGGCCAACAGGUACCAAAAUGUGGAUGUGGUGUUUGGACAAGUAGUAUCGGGAAGAGCGCUGCCCAAAGCUAUGGAUGUCGUGGCACCGUUAUUCAAUACAGUUCCUAUGCGAGUUAAGUUCUACAAGGGGAGAACAAAUAAAGAUAUGGUUAGGACCGUCCACCAGUUUAAUAUAGCAGCUAUCCCCUGGCAACAUGCCUCAUUACGCACAGUGCAAAAACGAAUUGGGGUGUCAAACAUAUGCGAUACUCUGUUCCUCUUCCAACCUAACGUGACAGAGGAGGAUGACAGGGGGACCCGCCCCCUGGAGCUUGCCCACAAAGAAGCCGGAGAGGUGUCGAAGACCCAGUAUGCCCUAAACGUAGAAGUCUCGCCUUUAUUUCGAGGCUACAACAUCAGCGCCUCGUGCUCUUCGCAAGUCAUGGAUCUUGAUGCUUUGAAGAGGACUCUCAAGGAAUUCAGCGGCGCGAUCUUCGACAUUGUCAAUCGUCCCAAUGAAAGUGCUCUGCCUCUGUCCUUCUCUUUCAAUGAGCGAGGUUCAGAACACGCAAUUCCAGAUCAUCCCAUCACUGAUGGGGAACCUGAGGAGUGGUGGACGGAGGAACGGCUCCUACUUCGUGAUGUCGUAUCGAAAUUCGCCAGCGUACCCCUGAGAGUAUUCUGGCGAAAACCGAUCUAGUAUCCAUCGGAAUUGAUUCAAUUUCUGCUAUCCAAAUCUCUUCCGCCGCAAAGAGGGUUGGGCUUGGAAUAUCUUCAUCUGACGUCGCAUCGAGUACCGCAUUCGGUGACCUUAGUUUCCGCCUAAAGU